GCCCCGCUGCUUGUGUGUCUGGGUGCGUGUGUGAGAGAGUGCGCUAAAAACCCAGGCAGCCGGUGGGAGAGCUAGAGAGUGGAGAGAGAGAGAGAGAGAAACGGGGAAAAAGGCAAACCAUCUGAGAGGGCAGAAGGACCGGGAGUGUGAGACAGCUAUGAAAUUCAUCCAAGCUAUUUGCCUACUGCUUCUCUGUCCAGCUCUGAGUCUCAACACCAGACAAAGCUAUGAGGGGCUGGAAAAGAAGCUAAAGGAAGUCUUCAGUGAAAGGAGCGGCAUCCUGCACCAACUCUCCAAGACAUCAAAGGAGCUGGACAGCAUAAAAGGCAACCUUCAGUCGCUGAAAAAUGAUGACUCAGUGGCCAAGAAGGAUGUCCAGAGGAUCCUGGAGCUGAGCCACAAACAGAGAGAGGAGAUGAAGUCCCUCCAGGCGGCCUUGCAGAAGCAGCUGGAUGAGGCAAAUGAGCGAGCGGAGAAGCAGCAGGCCACGAUCAAAUUUCUUAAGAUGGAGAUGGAGAAAAAAACAAAAAUCAUCAAGGAUUUACAGCAAGAGAACAAGAGCCUGAAAAAUAAACUACUGUCGGGCAACAAACUUUGCGACGCCUAUGCAGAGGAGUCCAAAAAAAUCCAGGCUCAACUGAAAGAACUGCGGUACGGGAAAAAGGAUUUAAUUUUUAAGGGGCAGCAGCUGAUGGACCUGGAGCACAAGCUGACCAUCGCCAAGGAGGAGCUGGAGAGGACCGCUCUGGACAAGGAGUCUCAGCUGAAGGCGCUGAAGGACACAGUUCACAUCUGCUUCUCAGCCGUCCUGCAGAACCAGCCCAGCAGCAGCCACAGAUUUCCCACCUCGCCCACCCACUUGUUCAGAUACUCGUCACUCAUCAACAGCUCCAGAGUCACCUUUCAGCAGCCACACGCCAAGGAUAUCUCUAAAGUUCAGAGCAUUGUCCCAGCCAGUAAAUCACCCAUGAACGUCGGAGUAAUGAGGAGAGAGAGUGGCGGAGUCAAAGAGUGCCAGAUGGAAAAGGCUGGGGGAGAAUGCUUCCAGAAUCAGACGGAGGAAUCCAAUGUGGAAAGUAAAAAGCUACUAGAGCAGCAUCAGCAAAGGAGCCAAGCGCAGAUUGGGAAAUUCACCACAAAGCCCUCAGACGACAGCGAGGAAGCGGAGGGAGGCGGCGGCAAAAAGACAAAGCCGCACAAAUUCAACUGAGCGCGCGGCGUAUCAGCCCGAAUGCAGAGGCCCCUGCAUCGCCCGGAGGAUCCUUCUAAGAGCACACACUUUGCGCACUCACACAAAACACACAUGUGCGCCACACACACACACACACACAUGCACACUGACACCCACACACACACUCACACACACGCUCUCACAUGAACACACAUUGUUUGCAAGACGCUGAGACGCUGGAAUUGUCAACAGAAUCUCUCGACGAGAAAUUUCUCAAAACUCUCAUUUGAAAAAAAAACCUCCAUAGUAAAACGGCAUGCAUUCUAGAGUUCUUUUAAAGGUAGCAAUGGCACUGGUAACUUGUUUCAUGAUUGUUCAUUUGUUGUUUAAUUAAUUGAGUUCUUUUUUUUUUUUUCUGAGUGAGGACACUGCUUUCUAAAUGUGUGAUCUUUCUAGAGAAAUCCCUUUGCACUGGUGAGGUCUGACACUGUAUCCUGUGAUAAGUACACCAAUU